ACUUCAGCCAUUACCAUGAGCCCGUCCUCCCCAAUUAAGGUGCCACCAACCUCCUGUGACCUAUCCAGCCAUUGUGAGUUCUGGCAUGUCGGCAAUAUACAGGAACACACCCACCUGACUACACCUCCUCUCCCUCUCCACCCCCUCUUCACCUCCUCUCCCUCUCCACCACCUCUUCACCUCCUCUCCCUCUCCACCACCUCUUCACCUCCUCUCCCACUUCACCCUCCUCUCCCUCUCCACCACCUCUUCACCUCCUCUCCCACUUCACCCUCCUCUCCCUCUCCACCACCUCUUCCCCUCCUCUCCCACUUCACCCUCCUCUCCCUCUCUACCACCCCUUCACCUCCUCUCCCUCUCCACCACCCCUUUACCUCCUCCCCCUUUUUUUACCCACCCUCCUCUCCCUCUCCUCUCCCUCACCACCUCUUCACCACCUCUCCCUCUCCUCUCCUUGUACAGAAACUAGACCCAGUAAUAGAGGCGUUGGACAGAGGGGAACCAGUGGACCUCAGCUCUCUACCUCCCCCUCCAGGAGAUGCAGUGGUAGAGCGUUCAGCUCCUCCUCCUCCCCAGUCUUCCUCCAGACCCUCCCCUGCUGCUCUCCCUGCAGCUCCCCCGGUGGCCGACUCCGCCCUCCCAGCCCCAGGCAGUGUAGGGGAAGCGUUACAACAGAGGAUGGACAGAUACAAAGCUGCAGCAGAGGGGGCCAGGAGCAAAGGAGACGACCGCAAGGCACGCAUGCACCAGCGCAUCGUCAAGCAAUACCAGGAUGCCAUCAGGUCUCAUAAGGCUGGACGACCAGUCAACCUGGCUGAUCUUCCUGUACCACCAGGCUGUCCUCCGCUGCAGGGCACAGAGAGCAGCCAGCAGAACUUCAUGGGCGUCCUGGAGACGGCCAUGAAACUAGCCAAUCAGGACGCAGACGCAGAGGACGAGGACGAAACAGGGGAAUUGGCCAAGCCUGCAGUGGGAGCUCCAGUCCAGAAAGGCAAAGCCCCGGCCCCUCCCACACCAGGUUCUGGAGGCAACACAACACAGGGCUCCAGACUGGGGCUUAAAGCCCAGCAGCAGUUGGACUUCCUGUUGCUGCGGCGGCAGGCGUUCGUCCGGGCGGCGCUGCGUUCUAAACAGAUGAAGGACAUGCAGGGAGCGGCGGUCCAUCUCCGACACGCUAAAGGACUGGACCAGAUGAUCAGCGCCACCAAGGGAGGCCUGCCUGUAGACAUCACCAAGGUCCCCAGCGCUCCAGUCAGUGAGGAGGACUACUCUCUGGCUCGGUCUCGUUCCUCUCCUCGCUCCUCAGAGCAAUACAGCAGCCUCAUGGAGCUCCUCCGACAGCAGCACCAGAAAUGUCUGGGUUACUCCCAGCAGUUCACUCACAUGGGAAGCGUGGCCGAGACCUCCAGGUUUGAGAAGCUGGCAGAGGAGUGUAUGCAGAACAUUGAGGUGUUGAAGACGGCCCACGCCAAGGGCCAACCUGUCCCCAAAUACCACACUGAGGAGAGGACCUUCAACACUGUCAAAAUGUAUCCUGACCUGACAGCCAAUGAGAUGACGCUGUACAUCGUGAAGGGCAUCAAUCUACCUGCUCCCUCAGGAGUCUCUGCCGGUGAUCUGGACACCAGUGUGCGCUUUGAGUUUCCUUUUCCUAGUGCGGAAGAGGCCCAGAGGGACAAGACCAGUACAGUGAAGAACAGCAACAGUCCAGAGUUUAAAGAGCAGUUUAACCUGAACAUCAACCGUCAACACAGAGGCUUCAAGAGGGUCGUCCAGGCCAAAGGCAUCAAGUUUGACAUCAUCCACAAGGGGGGUCUGUUCAAGGGGGACAAAGUGUUGGGGAACGCUCAGCUGAAGCUGGACUCACUGGAGAACCAAUGUGACAUCAGACAGAUUAUAGAGGUGUUGGAUGGUCGUAAGGCUACGGGGGGUAAGCUGGAGGUGAGGGUAAAGAUUCGGGAGCCGCUGGGAGGAGCACAGCUUCAGAUCACCACAGAGAAAUGGCUGGUCCUAGACCCUGUACCAAUCACCACCCCCGACAGAGAGAGACAACAACAGGCCCCCUCUCCUCGCUCCAAACCAAAGAGUGACAAUGGGAGGAACAAGCAGUCUAACCAGUCCAGCCACUCUCCUCCCCAGUAUAAACUCCACAGUUUCAGUCUGCUGCACUACGACAAGGAGAGACUGGAGAGACAGAUUGGUGAUUAUAGGAAGAGUAGGCGGGAUCCUCCGUCUGACCUGGUACAGCAACACAAGGAGGUCACACACAGGCUACAGUGGCAGAAAGCCCAGUUAGAGAGAGGCUCCCCUACUCUACUGUCAGAGUAUGAGAAUAUUUUGCAGCGUUUCGCCCAGGGACUUGCUGAGUCAGUGAAGAAGUUUUCCAGCCAAGGCAACAGGGAUGCUGCUAAGGACGCUCUAGGACGGCUGAAGAUGGUGGAGACUGAGUUGGAAUCUCUCAAGAGGAAACGCAUGGUCUGAGAAGAAGAGGACAGAGGGACUGGAGAGUUGGCUGGACUACUGUUAUGUUACUCACACACACACAGCCAAUCACCUUCAACAUCUUCCUGCCACUCCUCUGCUCCUCUUUGCCUCCUCCACUAAUGCUCUCCCUUUUACUCUGUUCUUCACUUUGUAUUGUCAUUAAUUCAAUCAGUUAGGACGAAGAACCAUUUUGAAUAAUACCAGGCCUGCCUCCCAAAUGGCACCCUAUUCCCUAUAUAGUGCACUACUUCAGACCAGGACCCAUGGGGACUAAUAUAGGGAAUAGGGCACCAUUGAGAUACACGGCAGAAUGGGAACUGUGAGAUUGAUAGUGACAUGAAGACAGAAUGCAGGGCAGGACAGAGAAAGGCUUAUUUGCACUUGAAAACAAAAACACUACCGAUUUAUUAAAACGCUGCCGCCUUCACUAUAUUCUUUAAAGUCCUUCAAUGGCUCUCUGUCUUUCCCUCUGUUCAGAGAGUGGUGUGUGUAACUCCUGGUCUCCACAGUGCGUGUGUGUGUGCGUGCGUGCGUGCGUGCGUGCGUGCGUGUGUGCGUGCGUGCGAUGUUAAUGACCUUAAUCUAAUCUGUCUGCUCCACUAUUCCCAGAUUACUGUAAUCUGGCCUGUUUGGUGCCGUGUGAUUUGGGAACUACACGGAAACGGGAACUAUAUUCUAUAAUGAGGGAUUAGCUAACACUAGUGUUGCCAUGGAGACGCCUCAUUCAGGGAAGUGAGGAGAGGAGGUACCCCAGGGGUUAAAUUGAAGAGUACAGGGUUAGAAUUUGUGUAGAACAGACCUAUAGCUGUAAAACCCACUGGAUUGUCUUUGAAUUGGGAUAUAGUUUCUCUAUUCAUUGUAAUUCUAUGGUACGGAGUUUGGGAGCCCGUUUAAAAGGACCCUUCUUAUAGGAUGAUAUUUAGCCUAUUGUGAUGUCAUCAAUUAGGCUUGCGUCAUGUCACUAUGACGUCAUCUAUAGACCCAGACACCCUGAGGUCUCCUCCUGUACCCCUCUAUAGACCCAGACACCCUGAGGUCUCCUCCUGUACCCCUCCAUAGACCCAGACACCCUGAGGUCUCCUCCUGUACCCCUCCAUAGACCCAGACACCCUGAGGUCUCCUCCUGUACCCCUCUAUAGAUCCAGACACCCCGAGGUCUCCUCCUGUACCCCUCUAUAGAUCCAGACACCCCGAGGUCUCCUCCUGUACCCCUCUAUAGAUCCAGACACCCUGAGGUCUCCUCCUGUACCCCUCUAUAGAUCCAGACACCCCGAGGUCUCCUCCUGUACCCCUCUAUAGAUCCAGACACCCUGAGGUCUCCUCCUGUACCCCUCUAUAGAUCCAGACACCCUGAGGUCUCCUCCUGUACCCCUCUAUAGAUCCAGACACCCUGAGGUCUCCUCCUGUACCCCUCUAUAGAUCCAGACACCCUGAGGUCUCCUCCUGUACCCCUCUAUAGAUCCAGACACCCUGAGGUCUCCUCCUGUACCCCUCUAUAGAUCCAGACACCCUGAGGUCUCCUCCUGUACCCCUCUAUAGACCCAGACACCCUGAGGUCUCCUCCUGUACCCCUCUAUAGACCCAGACACCCUGAGGUCUCCUCCUGUACCCCUCUAUAGACCCAGACACCCCGAGGUCUCCUCCUGUACCCCUCUAUAGAUCCAGACACCCCGAGGUCUCCUCCUGUACCCCUCUAUAGAUCCAGACACCCCGAGGUCUCCUCCUGUACCCCUCUAUAGAUCCAGACACCCCGAGGUCUCCUCCUGUACCCCUCUAUAGAUCCAGACACCCCGAGGUCUCCUCCUGUACCCCUCUAUAGAUCCAGACACCAUGAGGUCUCCUCCUGUACCCCUCUAUAGAUCCAGACACCCUGAGGUCUCCUCCUGUACCCCUCUAUAGAUCCAGACACCCUGAGGUCUCCUCCUGUACCCCUCUAUAGAUCCAGACACCCUGAGGUCUCCUCCUGUACCCCUCUAUAGAUCCAGACACCCUGAGGUCUCCUCCUGUACCCCUCUAUAGAUCCAGACACCCUGAGGUCUCCUCCUGUACCCCUCUAUAGAUCCAGACACCCUGAGGUCUCCUCCUGUACCCCUCUAUAGACCCAGACACCCUGAGGUCUCCUCCUGUACCCCUCUAUAGACCCAGACACCCUGAGGUCUCCUCCUGUACCCCUAUAUAGACCCAGACACCCUGAGGUCUCCUCCUGUACCCCUCUAUAGACCCAGACACCCUGAGGUCUCCUCCUGUACCCCUCUAUAGAUCCAGACACCCUGAGGUCUCCUCCUGUACCCCUCUAUAGACCCAGACACCCUGAGGUCUCCUCCUGUACCCCUAUCAGUCUCUCUCUCUUGCUCUCUCUCUCUCUCUAUACACUACAACAGUAGUUUAGUAGCCUACUGUAGUGGGAUCUGUCUCCCUAUCCACAGCAUCUGACUUGGAGUGCUGAUCCAGGAUCAGGUCCCAACCUGUCCAUAUAAUCUGAUUCAUUAUGAUCUAAAAGGCAGUGCUGAUCCAGGAUCCGGUCCCAACCUGUCCAUAUAAUCUGAUUCAUUAUGAUCUAAAAGGCUAAACUGAUCCCAGAUCAGCACUGCUGCUCUGAGAAGCUUUGUGGAUACAGGCCCAGUCCCCCAGUCCGGGUGGCUAAACUGAUCCCAGAUCAGCACUGUUUUUUUUUUUUUUUUUUUUUUAUGUUUUAAAAAAAUGUAUCCAUUGUUGGCAAUCAGUCAGUAUAGACCUGUUAAUAUAUUAUAUACACAGCAUUGACUAUGGCUCUAUUUUUAAAUGAAGGAAGUGUGUGUGUGUCCAAAGGUGAUGGAUAAUGAACUAUUAACUGGCAUUAUAAUGAUGUGGUCAAAUGUCUUGGGAGGGGAAUCAUGGUUGGAUUAAAAUAUCAGAAUCAA